AUGGCUCAAACAGGUGAAUAUGAUGACGAAAAGGCGAAGUUUUUCCGAGUUGAGUUUGCUUCUGGAAAUGGUGCUGAUGAUGAGAAGGAAGAGCUUCGGUCGCAGUGGGCUACAGUUGAGAGAUUACCAACUUAUAAAAGGAUUACUACUACUCUUCGAAGAAGAGAUGAAGCGUCAGAUAAAGGCGGAGUCAUUGAUGUUACGAAACUUGAGGCUUCUGAGAGACACUUGUUAAUCGAGAAGCUUGUCAAACAAAUCGAGGCUGAUAACCUCCAAUUACUACGAACAAUAAGGAAGAGAAUCGACGAGUAA